UGACUCCCUAGUAUGGCUUUUUACAAAAAUGUUACAGACUUUUUCAUCAUGUUGUCAUUGCUAUUUAUUUACAGAGUAUGAAAUCAUAUAAAUGAGUUAUGGUGUACCCCAGUUUUUAUUACAAGUUGUAUUUCAGGCUUGUAAAUUAUAUUUUAGAUCAUAUUAAGUUAGAGCCUAAGUAAGUUCCCACAACCACUGUUUCUCAAAAAAAAAAAGUGCUAAGCACUUCCUUAAUCAUGAAUCUAAAUCCAAAAAUAAAAAUAAACAAAUACAAAUAAAUGCAUUAGACCUACAAAAAAAUGAAUUGUAAGGUAAUAUAGAGAUCGAUUUUCCAGUAUAAGGACAGUAGCUAUCUAUUUUUGGUCUGUUUUAUCUAUUUUUGGUUCUGCCCGUGUUCUGCUGUGCUCACCAAGUAUAAAAGAGGCUUUAAUACUUCAGCUCCACAAAGAAUUAAAAACAUAAAGCUUUAAACAUAGAAGAAAGGUUCUCAAUAUUUCAAGUAGUCAGUAGUAUUCUUACUGAAGAAUCACCGCAGGCUGAUACUGCUUUCCAUUUUUUGCAGAGCACUGAAGCUCUGAGAUGAAGGCUGUACAAUAUGCAAUCAUGAAAAAAUGGAAAAUAUAGCAGCUAUGCUAUUAUAUUAUAGAGAGCUUUUUUUUAUUAUUUUAUUAUUAUUAUUAUUAUUUUUUAAAUAUUAUAUAGUGCAAGCCAUAUUAAAAUGAUAAAUAGUGUCAGGAAUUGUCAAAGUAUACUUCUGAAAAAUGGAAAGCAAAUGACAUACUGUUGCUAUGGUUACCACCAAACAUCUGUUAGAAGUGUCUAUUUAUCUUUUACUUUUGUGGUUACUGAAACGUGUAAAAGCGCUGUUUACUUAUGCUAUAAAUAAUACAAUAUUUGGGGGGCUCAGUUAGUUAAUUCAUAUAUUAGAGUCAGCAUGAAACGGAAGUUACUAAAGUCUUUUCUUCCCUAUUGUGACAUAGGCUAGGGCGGGACUUGAUUGGAUUGUUGGACUUUUCUGGUUUGCUAUUUCUGUGAUUUCAUGAGUGACAGGUUGUCCCACCCUUGCGUCAGUAAACACGUAAUCAUAAAGAGGGAUGGGAAGUUAUUUUGAUUAAAGAUUACAAGGGUACAUAAAUAAAUAAAAUCAUGUAUAAUAAAUACCGCAAUAUUCCAUAAAAAAUUGCCACUUUUGAUUUUAUAGAUAAGUUUCGUUCGUGAUCAGGAGACUCCGAAGGACUUUAAAUGAGUAGCCACUUAUGUUUACGUCUAGAAAUCAAAUGGUUUUUUUUAUCGUGUCUGCACCGAAACUACAUUUGGCCUUGUGUGUGGACUGCCGCCCUAGCUUUAAGAUGGGAAUGCCUCAUUCAUUAGUAAUCGAGUGGCUAUUUCAAGAGGUGAGUCCACGAUCAGCAAGGGCUUUGAGUCGCGCGUGUUCUUAAAAAAAUGAGCCCCCACCCACCCAGCCAGCCAGUAUUUCCCCGUCGUGCCUCCUUCCAUGCACACAGCAGCAGCACAUGGUUUACAAUAAAGCCCAUAAAUCAGGCGCCUCCGAUCGAAUAGUCCGAAUUAAGCACACAUGCACAUCAGACUGGGGCUGGCUGCUGUUGCAGCAGAAGAAGCGAGAGAAACAGUCACACAUCAGGGGGAGGGAUGGAACCAAAAAGCCUCUAUAGUGAUCAAUAUCUGACUGUCUUGUUGCAAAUCGCUGCAGUGCUUCACAGGUGUAGUGAGUAUUCUCAUACGGAUUGACUGAACUGGAGCCACAUGUCACAUGUGCUUCAUAGGAAGAACCGGGGCAUCAUCUGCUGCAAGCUGGAUCUGGAGGAGGAUGCUGCGGCAAGUGAUACACAGAGGGCUGAAAGCUUCUUUCUACUGGCUGGGUUUGUUCGUGAGUAGGCAUCCGGUGUUCUUCCUCACCGUCCCCGCAGUCCUGACCAUUAUUUUCGGAUCCACGGUGCUGAGCCGGUUUAAGCCCGAAACGGACCUGGAGAUCCUGGUCGCCCCGACGCACAGCCUCGCGAAGAUCGAGCGGAGUCUCGCCAACAGCCUCUUCCCCAUCGACCAGUCCAAGCACAAGCUGUACUCGGACCUGCACACCCCCGGCAGAUAUGGCAGACUCAUUCUACUGGCCAAAUCCGGGGGAAAUAUCCUGGAACUGGCCGAGCAGGUGCUCCAGGUGCACAAGAAGGUCCUGGAUAUGCGUGUCAAUUAUAAAGGCUUCAAUUACACUUUCGCGCAUCUCUGUGUCCUGAGCCACCGGGACAAGAGAUGCCUCCUGGAUGAUAUCAUCACCAUAUUCGAAGACAUUCGCUUAGCUGUUCUGUCUAACAGCACUUUUUCCAAGGUCCCCGUGAGCUAUCCGAAUACAACGUUAAAGGAUGGUCGGGUGUCCUUUAUUGGCCAUCAGCUGGGCGGCGUGGCCUUGUCCACAAAUAGCCGGGACCAACAGGUCAAGUUUGCUCGCGCCAUCCAAAUCACCUACUACCUCCGUAACCUUGGCCCAGUGGUGCAGGACAUCAUUGCUGAAAAGUGGGAGAGUGAAUUCUGUAAGCUGGUGUACCAGCUGGCUACAGACAGCCAGGAGCUACAAAUCCAGUCGCUUACAUCCUUCAGCUUAUGGCGGGACUUCCACAAGACAGGAGUACUGGCCAAAAGCGAGGUAUUGGUCAGCUUGGUGCUGGUGCUCCUGGCAGCCACCAUCUCCAGCUCUAUGCGGGACUGCUUGCGUGGGAAACCCUUCCUGGGCCUGUUGGGCGUCCUCACCAUCUGCAUCGCCAAUGUGACGGCAGCUGGGAUUUUUUUCAUCUCUGAUGGGAAAUUUAACUCUACGUUGCUUGGGAUCCCCUUUUUUGCCAUGGGACAUGGAACAAAGGGUGUGUUUGAGCUUCUGGCAGGCUGGAGAAGAACCAGAGAGAGUUUGCCCUUCAAGGAGAGGGUGGCAGAUGCAUUCGCUGACGUGAUGGUGUGUUACACCAUGACCAGCUCGCUCUAUAUUAUCACCUUCGGCAUGGGUGCCAGUCCUUUCACCAACAUUGAAUCCGUGAAGGUCUUUUGCCAGAGCAUGUGUGUAGCAAUCCUGGUGAACUACUUCUACGUGUUCUCGUUCUAUGGCUCCUGCCUGGUGUUUGCCGGACAGCUGGAGCAAAACCGCUAUCACAGCGUCUUCUGCUGCAAGAUCCCCUCUGUGGAGUAUCUGGACCGCCAGCCCACUUGGUUUAAGACCAUGAUGAGCGACGGUCACGACCUAUCUACGCACCACGACAGUGUGCCGUACCAGAACCACUUCAUUCAGCACUUCCUGAGGGAGCAUUACACAGAAUGGAUUACCAACACCUAUGUCAAGCCUUUUGUGGUUAUCCUCUACCUGAUUUACGCCUCCUUUUCAUUCAUGGGAUGUUUACAAAUCAGUGAUGGCUCCAACAUAAUUAAUCUGCUAGCGAGUAAUUCGCCCAGUGUGUCAUUCGCCCUGACUCAACAGAAAUACUUCAGCAACUACAGUCCGGUGAUUGGGUUUUACAUCUACGAACCCAUUGAGUAUUGGAACUCCACAGUGCAGGAGCACCUCAAGACAUUGGGCCAGGGUUUUAAUAAGAUUUCAUGGAUCGAUAAUUACUUUCACUAUCUGAGAGUCGUUAAUGUCAGCGCAUCAACCAAAAGUGAUUUCAUUAACAUCCUCAAGACUUCUUUUUUGAGGAGCCCAGAAUAUCAACACUUUGUGGAUGACAUAAUUUUCUCUAAAAACGGAGAUGAGUAUGACAUCAUCGCGUCCAAGAUGUACUUGGUGGCCAGGACGACCGAGAAGACCAGGGAGGAGGUCGUGGAGUUGCUGGAGAGACUUCGACCUCUCUCCCUUAUCAACAGCAUCAAGUUCAUCGUUUUCAACCCAACCUUUGUGUUUAUGGACCGCUACAGUUCCUCCAUCAUCUCCCCCAUCCUGACAUCGGGUUUCAGCGUGCUCACUAUUCUCAUCCUCACCUUCUUCCUGGUCAUUAACCCACUGGGGAACUUCUGGUUGAUCUUGACCGUCACCUCAGUGGAACUGGGCGUCUUGGGUCUCAUGACGCUUUGGAAUGUAGACAUGGACAGCAUCUCUAUCCUGUGCCUUAUUUAUACUCUCAAUUUUGCCAUGGAUCACUGUGCCCCCCACCUCUACACAUUCGUACUGGCCACUGAGCAUACGCGGACUCAGUGCAUCAAGAUCUCUUUAGAGGAGCAUGGGGCCGCCAUUUUGCAGAACACUUCGUGUUUUGUAAUUGGGAUAAUGCCUCUUCUCUUUGUGCCUUCUAACCUGACCUACACACUGUUCAAGUGUUCCCUUCUCACAGCCGGCUGCACAGUUCUGCACUGUUUCGUCAUCCUACCGGUGUUUUUGACAUUCUUCCCGCCCUCUAAGAAGCGGCACAAGAAAAAGAAACGGGCCAAACGGAAAGAGCGGGAAAGAGAGAGGGAGCGGGAGAGGGAGAGAGAGGAAAUCGAGUGCAUUGAAGUCAGGGAAAACCCAGAUCAUGUCACCAGUGUUUGAUUGAAAGACGUGUGUGAGCGUAAGUGAUAAGAAAUCAGCUCCUGUCCACUAGGGGGCGACGUCAGGCAGCACUUCACAGGUCCAGAGGUGGCCGAGUCCGGCACUCUUGCUCCUGGGGUGACACUUGCAACCACAGCAAUCAACAACAAUGCUGUCCAGAGUAAAAAAAAACAUUCUCACUCAUUUCUUGUGCACCCUUCGUCCAGAACAAGUGUAUAACAUCUGCAGCUGCUAGCUAACGUUAGCCGUUAACAUGAAAGGUUUGCACAAAAAGUUUGUCUGUAUACAUUAACAAAUUCAGAAGGCCUAAACUGAAGGCCUCCAAAAAUGUUAGCAUGAAUCUUAGCAGGUUGGAUCUCUAGUGGUAUUCCCAAGGGUAUUUGUUUGUUUUGUAAGAGCAGAAAUCAUAACCAAGUACAUUUGCUCUUAUUUAGCACCAACAUGAAUCUUUUUGAUCAUUCCUUGUUUUUUAAACUGUUAUGCACCUCACGUUCCUCCAGCCUUGUGCUUACAAAAUUAAUCAAGACCAACUCUGUUUAAAAAUAACUAUGUGAAAAAUUGUAGCAAACGGAAGUAGCAGUUUUCAGCUUCCAUCAAAUUAUGCAACACUCUCCUACAAAUAACACUUGGCAUGCAUUUAUCACAAAUGUCCUGUAGCAAAUCUAACAGCGUGUUUGCAAUUUCUCUAGUAGCAGUUACCCCCCGAGAGGUCCCACCUUAUACCUGGAAAAUAUCCUCCAAGCAAAGCAUUAAUGGUCAAUAGAAUGAAUUAUUAAGGAUUGGAAAAGGUGUUUUUCUCCUUUAAAUGUUCAGUGAAAGUUCAUUUGUCAAAUGUGACAUUUAGCUGAUAUUCAGACUGUAAUUUGUUUUACUCUUUCGAGUAAACAAACCACGUCUAAAGGUGUAGAGUGUGUAGAGACCGCCAACAUGAAUCACUAAAAUGUUUUGCAUAAUAUUUAACUGCAUAUGCCAUUUAAAAAAGAUUUUCCAAAACACCCAAGCGGCUCAUUCAUGAGAAAAGAGACUUGUAGCAUGUCUUAUAGCUGCAUUGGUAUGGUCUGUUUAUUUACUUGCUUGUGUGUUUGUUUGUUACAUUAACGACAAAUAUGGUCACCUGUCCGUGUAGUUAAACUGAGCAAUGAGAUUAGAAAGUUUUCCAGAUUCACUGAUGGCUGUCAUCUAAAAAGAUACAGUAUGUGACAAAUCAUAAGGGUAGAUAUUGUUUUUAAGUGUAGCAUGUGUUUUGUCUGUAUUUGUGUGUGUUUGCAGAGAUGAGCAGUGCAGAUGAUAUACACUGUGUUCACGUUGAAGAAAAAUCUUGCACAAAUCAAUAUAAAGGUAUCAAGGUACAUUCUGGUGGAAAUGAGUAUGUCUGUAUGGUAUCGGUUCUCUUGUCUACAGGAAUAUUAGGCAUUGCAUCAGGCAAUGUUAUGUAUUAGCAAAGUAGUCAGCAGUUUUGAUCUAUGAGUAAUUUUUACAUGUCACAAAUACAGCACUAGUCAAACCGUAUGGCAUUUGGGUUAGUUCACCCAAAAAUGAAAAUUCUGUCAUUAAUUAUUCACCUUCAUGUCGUUCCACACCU